AAUACAGAGGUGCCUGAAGGCUGGUUGGGGUGGUGAGGCCCGAGGCAGCUUCUGGAAUUUCUAAUCAACCCUGGUCAGUACAAGAUGGACCCCGUAGUCUUGAGUUAUAUGGACAGUCUACUGCGGCAAUCAGAUGUCUCACUGUUGGAUCCUCCAAGCUGGCUCAAUGACCAUAUCAUUGGAUUUGCCUUUGAGUACUUUGCCAACAAUCAGUUUCAUGACUGUUCUGACCAUGUCUGCUUCAUCAGCCCCGAAGUUACCCAGUUCAUCAAGUGCACUAGCAACCGAGCAGAGAUUGCCAUGUUCCUUGAACCCCUGGACCUCCCCAACAAGAGAGUUGUAUUUUUAGCCAUCAAUGAUAAUUCCAACGAGGCAGCUGGGGGAACCCAUUGGAGUUUGUUGGUUUAUGUGCAAGAUAAAAAUAGCUUUUUUCACUAUGAUUCCCAUAGCAGAAGCAACUCAGUCCAUGCAAAGCAGGUAGCGGAGAAACUGGAAGCUUUCUUAGGCAGGAAAGGAGACAAACUGGCCUUUGUGGAAGAGAAAGCCCCUGCUCAACAAAACAGCUAUGACUGUGGGAUGUAUGUGAUUUGUAACACUGAGGCCUUGUGUCAGAACUUCUUUAGGCAACAGCCAGAAUCACUAUUGCAGCUACUCACUCCUACAUACAUCACAAAGAAAAGAGGAGAAUGGAAAGCUCUCAUUGCCAGACUUGCCAAAAAUUAGCUAUCAAAGUGUAUCUGUGACUUUUGAAGUCUCUUCUUUCUGCCCAUCCCCAUUUAUUGGAUGGCUGCAGUCUCAGUGCCUGAAGGAAGAUGCCUAGUAGAGGGAAGCUUAGUGUUCUCAUUUUUCCCUGGAAGAAUGUCAUCCUCUGCAUUAUCCAAAUGGAAAGUUUCACUUUAACCCUAACUUGAGAGCGUGUGCUCUGUGACAGUUUCUUCAAGUUAUGUAUCAAAACCUUAAAACCACGCUAUCUUAACAUUUAUUAAUUCCCUUUUUGUCUCCCUUAUCCACAUUGGCUUAUUCCAGAAGAAAAGCAGUGAUCUUUAAAGAAAUCAAGUAUACGUGAAAUCUAGAGGAAUGCACAAAGAACAUUAUAGAAGAAUCAAAAACGUAUUGCACAGAGAUCAACUGGCUAGAAGCAGGUCAAGAUCUAACCUAAUUCAAGAUCUAAAUAUUAGAAUCAAAUACUCAUUUCUGUGGUAUCUCUUCCAUUCACCAUGCAGAGGCUUUCCUGGCUAUCUUUGUAACCUUUGCAGAUACUUGAUAAAGAUGAUGUUAGCCCAUCUUCCCCCAUCUAAUUCCUGGACUGCUUUAAGAAAGGGGGAAUCUUGAGUAACUUCAUUAAAAUAUAUGGCUGUUAGACCUUUUAGUUCACUCAGUGAAUGGGUCAACUUGCUGCUCUGCAUUGGUAGCGGCUUUUCUUCACUUUGUCUGUUAGCCAUGCAUACACUCCUUCCUUAUAUCCAAAGUUCUGUGGUUUUAAAACUCGUAG